AAGAAGUCUACUUAAAGCGGGAUUAGCAUUGAGCGCCACACUGAGCUCCACACUGCGCUCAGUCACACUCAACCCGCCUUCCGUGCUCACACUCUACCAAUCAGCGCGUGGAGAGCGGGGAGGAGAGGAGCGCUCAGGCUGCCCACACAGCUGCUGCACAGCGGGACACACACACACACACAUCCAUGCAUUCACUGGAUAUGGAGCUCUCAGACUCUUAGAAGGGGAAUAAUAAGAUCCUCCGCUUUCUUUCCGCACAGCGUGUGAUCCGAAUGAACAAUCAUGGGGGAGUGGACCAUAUUAGAGCGUCUCUUGGAGGCGGCUGUCCAGCAGCACUCCACUAUGAUCGGAAGGAUCUUACUGACCGUGGUGGUGAUUUUCCGGAUUCUGAUCGUGGCAAUUGUUGGAGAGACUGUGUACAACGAUGAGCAGUCCAUGUUCGUGUGUAACACCUUACAGCCAGGCUGCAACCAGGCCUGCUACGAUAAGGCUUUCCCCAUCUCACACAUCAGGUAUUGGGUGUUCCAGAUCAUCAUGGUGUGUUGCCCCAGCCUCUGCUUUAUCACCUACUCUGUGCACCAGUCUGCCAAGCAGAAGGAGCAGCGCUACUCCACAGUGUACCUCUCCCUGGACAAAGACCCAGACUCAAUGAAGAGAGAUGACGGCAAAAAGAUCAAGAACACCAUUGUGAAUGGAGUGCUGCAGAACACGGAAAACUCCAACAAGGAGGCAGAGCCAGACUGCUUGGAGUUCAAGGACAUCCCCAACUCAGCCCUGCGAACUACAAAGUCAAAAAUGAGAAGGCAAGAGGGCAUCUCCAGGUUCUAUAUCAUCCAGGUGGUGUUCAGAAAUGCAUUAGAGAUAGGGUUUCUUGUGGGUCAAUACUUCCUGUAUGGAUUCAACGUCCCUGCAGUGUAUGAGUGUGAUCGAUACCCUUGCAUAAAAGAUGUAGAGUGCUACGUUUCCAGACCAACGGAGAAGACAGUUUUUUUGGUCUUCAUGUCUGCGGUCAGUGGCAUCUGCGUGGUGCUGAACUUGGCAGAGCUUAACCACCUUGGGUGGAGGAAGAUCAAAACUGCUGUGAGAGGUGUGCAGGCCAGGAGAAAGUCCAUUUAUGAGAUCCGGAACAAAGACGUGCCCAGGAUGAGUAUGCCCAACUUUGGGCGCACUCAGUCCAGUGACUCUGCAUAUGUGUAACUGCUGUUACACAUCAACCUGGAAUCAAGCCUGAGCAUAUAAUACACCCACUAGUCCACUGGGCAGUGUCACACUUUGCCUCACCUAGGCAGGAAAUGUUAAUAUGUUCUCAAUCCGUGAAACGGUAAUAUUCCAGCAGCUUGGACACCAAAAAAGAAAAAAACGUGAAGCAACAGAAAAUAACUGACUCAUAACAUUUUUUUAUAAAGUAAUCAGUACAGUUUAAUUUAAUUUUAUGUUUAAUAUUUAAUUAAAGAUAUUUACACAUCAAACAAUUAAAUUACCUAUAAAUAUAGGCGAACACUGCUGCUACAGAAGAGUGCAGAUAUUAUUAUUAUUUUCUUAUUUUAAUCUCAAUUUUAAAAAUUACAGAAGUGUAAAUAAAAAAAUUCUUUAAAUAUGCAUUAAUUUUCUGAUUAUUUGCAGUUACAUAUUUUUCAUGUUAUUUUACAUUAGACAUGUAAAUCCACAGGGUAUUUUUUAAAUUGUAUUAAUAUUUCCAUGUAUCAAAAAAAAGAUACAGUGUCUGUAACGUCCAGGUAGACUUUCAAAUUAAAGCAUGUUGACAAACAUUUCAGGUUACAGUCGCAAUUUUGGUUAGGUUUGGACAGGCGAAAAAAAAAAAACCACGGUAUCUUCUAGUGGAUCGACAGGUGUAUACACACUUUGGCCUGAUACUGGACUGCACACAUGAGGAGGCUGCAGGACAGCUGUGUAGAAACUAGUUAUCGAAAUCAGCGUAACAAGUCAUUUAUUAGUAUUUAGUCUUAAAAUUAAACAAAUAAACAUUGUGGAACUAAGGUGACGAGAAGUCAACAUGUUUUAAAGAUCUUCUGUUUCUCUGAAACAAAGACUUCAUCAAGACUGGACAUUUUCCACAAGACAGACUAUUUAUCUGGAUGACAUCAUGUUGAAUUUGCCAGGGUUUUGAUUUUAUGUGUCUUUAAUGGAGAGAGACAGAUGGACCACACGUGUUUGUCUAAUUACUGAGGAGAAGGCCCUGAUGAGAAGUGCUUCUCUAAAGCCUAAACUGAUACACUGCAUGGUCAAAUAUAUAUGAACAUUCUUUGACAUUUCGGCUAUAAAUACUUUUACAUUCUUGAGCAGCAAGUAAGACAUAUUGAAAUUUUCGGAAAAUUCCAGUUUCCCAGAGUUUGCCAGUCACAGCCACAACUUAGACCUGGGGUCUCCAACCUUUUUUUAGAGUGAGGGCUACUUAAGGAGAGAGAAUGGACCAAAGGCGAAUGCAGAGGGGCAGAAUAGAGAAGAAUUGUUUCAGCUCAGAACAUGUAAUAAAGGCUGGUCUCAAUAUAUAUUUUUAUUAUAUUAUUAAUUAUAAAAGCAUAUCUUGAUUAAUAAAAACAUAUCAGUAAUGUACAAAAAAAUCAGGAUUAAGAUUGAGUUUACAGAACAUGCUCUAAGCACCUCAUAGACCAGUCGCAGGCUAUCAGGUGCCCGUGGGCGCCACAUUGGAGACCCCUAACUUGGGGGCCGAUCACACAUUGACACAUUGCUAGAAACACGUUGCCUGCACGUUUUCCUAUGGAAUUAUCUUCAACUUGUACUUGUGCUGCGUGUUGUGGUUUUCUAGUGUUUUUUAGAUGUGCAUAAAAGUUUAAAUAUUUGAAACUUUGUAAUGCAAGGCACAAAGUUGCACCGCUCAUCAAUGUCACACUUGACCCAGGCAGCUCAGCUUUACUACUUUACCACUUCCUUCCUGUUCUGAUGCGGUUUUUGAUGCCGGUAAAUAGGUUAGCUAGCUGUUUGCCUGUGAGAGAACUACAGAGCAGGGGUGUAGUGGUGGGUUAACUCAGUUAUCCACCUU